AGCUCGCCCCUCCUUGCGGCCAGCGCCGUAUUGUUUGUCCUGGCUGCCCCUUUUUCAUGUUCAAUUUCCUUGGCUAAUAGUCUUUUUCCUCCUCUAUCCUGCACAACACACGCACUUUAUUCUUUUCUUUUCUUGCACUCCUCAUUCACUCUAUUGCACUUUAAUAAUGGACCCCCAGCAGCAGGCACAGCAACAGCAGCAGCAGCAGCAGCAGCAGCAAGCCAACGCCCAGGCUCUGGCAAUUCAGCAGAGGCUGGCCUCGUUUAACCUCGGACCGUUCUACCAGGUCCAGCAGCUUAUUGGCGAGGGCGCAUACGGAACUGUCUGCUCUGCCACGUACAAGCCGAAUGGCAUUGACGUUGCGGCGAAGCGAAUCCGGCCGUUCGAGUCAGCCAUGUUCUGCCUUCGCACGCUGCGCGAGAUUAAGCUGCUAAAGUUCUUCAACCACGAAAACAUCAUCUCCAUCCUGGACAUCGUGCGGCCGGCCUCGUUCGACCAGUUCAACGAGGUGUACAUCAUCCAGGAGCUGGUUGACAUUGACCUGCACCGCAUCAUCAAGACGCAGCCGCUGUCGGAGGACCACGUGCAGUACUUCCUGUACCAGAUUCUGCGCGCCCUAAAGUACAUUCACUCGUGCAAUGUGCUGCACCGCGACCUGAAGCCCUCCAACAUCCUUUUGAACGCCAACUGCGACCUGAAGAUUUGCGACUUUGGCCUGGCCCGCGGCGCCAACGACGACCCCGAUAACGAGGGUGCAUUCAUGACCGAAUACGUUGCCACGCGGUGGUACCGCGCGCCGGAGAUCAUGCUGACCUUUAAGGAGUACACCAAGGCCAUCGACAUCUGGUCGGUAGGAUGCAUCAUGGCUGAGAUGAUCUCCAGGCAGCCGCUGUUCCCGGGCCGCGACUACCAUCACCAGCUGAAGCUCAUCCUGGACGUCCUCGGCACGCCCACGUCCGACGACUAUCUGAGCAUCAAGAGCCGCCGUGCGCGCGACUUUAUCCGCGGCAUGUCGCUGAAGCAAAAGGUCAAUUUCUCGGAGCUCUUCCCGACCGCCAGCCCGCUGGCAAUUGACCUGAUGGAGAAGAUGCUGACGUUCAACCCGAAGAAGCGCAUUACGGUGGAGGAGGCGCUGGCGCACGAGUACCUUGCCCAGUACCAUGACGACAACGACGAGCCUGUGAGCCAGCCGCUGCCGCCCAAUUUCUUCGACUUUGACAACUACAAGGAGAAGCUGAGCAUUGAGCAGCUCAAGGUGCUGAUGUGGAACGAGAUUUGCGGCUAAAUUUAUUCGUGGUUAUACAAAAUGAGCAUGCGAGCCCGGCGUGUUCUGUGCUGCCUUUAUAUCUUCCAUCUUUUCUUUUUUUUUCUUUCACCAGCCGUAAUUCUAUUUCCAACGUAA